GCCAGCGACGUUCCAGCUGCUUUUUUUUUUUACUGUCAAUCAGCUUCUCUUUAAUCCAAGCUUGCAGAUAUUACAGUAAAAAAAAGUCUCAGCAGCUUCCUGUGAGAUUUGAAUACUCCGCUGAUGGACCCUCCUUCGUACGAGGAGGCCACAAUCCAGCCGUCUACUUUGAGCCCUUCCACCGUCAACGAACAAGAGCCCCCUUCUUAUGAAGACGCCUGCCCCUCAGUGGCUCCUCCCCCUUAUGAAGCGACCACCGUCAUCCAGCAACCCGAUCCUUUCCCUGUCUUGACCCUGCCCGCCUCGCCGACCCAGGUCAUCGUUCAUCAGCCGACACCUGUGAGCGAGAGGCGGGACGUCGGCCUCGGACCAAGGGUGGCGGUGUCUCAGCCACAGAGCGUGCACGCCAUCCCCUUCUGCCAGCUGCGCGAUAAGCCCGGUCUUGUCCACUGUUCGAAGUGCAACCAGUCGGUCACCACCAGGGUCCAACGGUGUCCCAGUUCGUUAGCCGUCAUUCUAUGCGUCGUGAUCGGCUCCCAAAUGUUACUUUGCGGGUGCUGUCUGAUUCCAUUCAUGGUACCAAGCAAUUGGGUUGUUCACCACUACUGUCCACUAUGCGGCGCACGUCUCUAUACACACGAUUGUUAAUAACAUGGCGUCGGAAGCCAUACGACCCCCAAGAAGCUUGUGAACUCACAAAAUCUGUAUUUGGACAAAUCUUUGGGCUGAUACAAAUGUGUUUUAUGGACCCUUUUGCUGUUAAAAAAGAGAAUUGAUUAGAACAGGAUAGGGAUGGGUACUGAAUCUGGUACUUUUUUUGGCACAGACCGAAACCCGCCGGUCCUACUGGGCAUCGAUUCACGAAAGCGAAAGUACGUUCGGGUAGAGUUUCCAAUUUCAAUGCCAACAAAGAAAUUGACUGAAAAGAACGCUCCAACGUCAGUAAAGUAAGGAUGCACUUUUUCAAAAAUGCGCUAGCUUGAUUGUAAUGUACAUUGGCUUUGCUAUUGACAUGUGACUUAAUAGCAAUAUCAAUUUUACAUGGCGAUUUCAAAUUUGCUAAUGAAAACUACGACUAAGAUGAACGGUCCAUCAAGCAGCUGGUGCGUUUUAAGUAAAAUACUUACAGUAUUAAAGGGGAACAUUAUCACCAGACCUAUGUAAGCGUCAAUAUAUACCUUGAUGUUGCAGAAAAAAGACCAUACAUUUUUUUAACCGAUUUCCGAACUCUAAAUGGGUGAAUUUUGGCGAAUUAAACGCCUUUCUAUUAUUCGCUCUCGGAGCGAUGACGUCAUAAGGUGACGUCACAUCGGGAAGCUAUCCGCCAUUUUCUCACUUUCGUCGGUGUGUUGUCGGAGGGUGUAACAACACGAACAGGGACGGAUUCAAGUUGCACCAGUGGCCCAAAGAUGCGAAAGUGGCAAGAAAUUGGACGAAAUUUGUUCAAAAUACGAGGCUGUGGGGAAAGCCGACGAAAUGGUCAGUCGUUUGUUCCGCACACUUUACCGACGAAAGCUAUGCUACGACAGAGAUGGCAAGAAUGUGUGGAUAUCCUGCAACACUCAAAGCAGAUGCAUUUCCAACGAUAAAGUCAAAGAAAUCUGCCACCAGACCCCCAUUGAAUCUGCCGGAGUGUGUGAG